CCGCAUCUACUGCGAGAAUGAAGACCAUUCUCAGCAAUCAGACUGUCGACAUUCCAGAAAAUGUCGACAUUACUCUGAAGGGACGCACAGUUAUUGUGAAGGGCCCCAGAGGCACCCUGCGGAGGGACUUUAAUCACAUAAAUGUAGAACUCAGUCUCCUUGGGAAGAAAAAGAAGAGGCUCCGGGUUGACAAAUGGUGGGGGAAUAGGAAGGAACUGGCCACUGUUCGCACUAUCUGUAGUCAUGUACAGAACAUGAUCAAGGGUGUUACACUGGGCUUCCGUUACAAGAUGAGGUCUGUGUAUGCUCACUUCCCCAUCAACGUUGUUAUUCAGGAGAAUGGUUCUCUUGUUGAAAUCCGAAUUUUUUUGGGUGAAAAAUACAUCCGCAGGGUUCAGAUGAGGCCAGGUGUUGCUUGUUCAGUAUCUCAAGCCCAAAAAGAUGAGUUGAUUCUUGAAGGAAAUGACAUUGAACUUGUGUCAAAUUCAGCUGCUUUGAUUCAGCAAGCCACAACAGUAAAAAACAAGGAUAUCAGAAAAAUUUUGGAUGGUAUCUAUGUUUCUAAAAAAGGAACAGUUCAGCAGGCUGAUGAAUAAGAUCUGAGUGAUCCAGUUACAGAAACCGCAAGAGGCCAGGCUCAUAUGUGAUAUUUUAAAAAUGAAUAAAAGCUCUUUUGACUUGGAAA